AUUCUAUUGACGGCUAUACAUUUUCUCUCCAAUAAAAAUUAUGAAUGAUAUAUACAGUAUUAUAAUUGUUUUUAUGUCAUUGUGGGCCUUGGGAUUCAAUAAUUAUGUGGAGGGAAUUGAAAUUGACAUACGAGGUCCGAUGACAAAUGAUACGGCGGUUUACACUGGUUCAUUUAGUAAUGGUGGUAUAUAUCGUCUUAUAAAACCACUUGGUUAUGUAUCACUUAUUGUGUAUGGCAAUCAAGUUUUAUAUAACGCCGAGAACAUGAAGGGUGCCAGAGUUGUGGGUGAUAUUUACAUUGAAGAUUUUAAGAGAGGAACACAAAGAACAAUAGGCAUAACCAUAUGUGAAGGAAUUCGGCAUUACUGUCUACGUAGGAGGUACUAUAGGGUCGCAUACGAUAUGGUCCAUAUGAUUAGAUGGGAUUUAAAAUCCUAUUUUUUGAAGGGGACUGUUAGUUUAGAUAUGGACCUUUCUAGUGAAUUUCAUCAUCCAGCAAUAAACACUCACGAAAUGAGAACCAAUACAUUACACAAUAAAUGGUAUGUUGUUGACACUAAUAAAUUUGAUCCAUCGAAUCCGUCAUUUCAAAUGCCAUUUUACGAUGACUCAUUCUGCAUAUCACAUGUUUACAAUAUUGAACCACAAUUGUUUCAACAAUUACCGGCUUCUGUUCUCAUAGCAAACGUUUCGAGGCUUGUUGUCUGUCACGGGAACGGUAUGGUUUUGAUAACAUUAGAUGGCAGCCCACAGAAAGUGUAUACCGUUAUAAUACCUCCAAUUAUAAACGGUAUAUUUAAACCAAGGAAUGCAUUGGAGGAUCCACGCGAUAUAGCUAAUAUAUAUACAUCUAAUGGAAUGUUACAUUGUCUCAUCCCAAUAGAUAUUUCAAGAACAAUGAAACAUCCAAACGAUGUAGUAAUAUUGGCCAAUCUACACAGGGGGGAUUGGUUAUAUUCUCAAUUUAGCAUAUAUCCAAUACGUCACCCAGGUCACUGUUCAGUAAAAGUCCUUAAUAUGGCUAGUAAUUCAAUUAUAUAUAAAAGUCCAAAUCGGCAAACAGUGGUUACUCAUGUAGAAGUGUUUGAUCAUAUAAUACACAAAUGGCAAUACAUUGUGGUGAACUACAUCAAGUGGAAUGGGUACAGGUUUGAAGAAAAACAGGACGCAUAUAAACGAAUUGAGGAUAAAACGGGUGUAUAUUAUUAUGACCUCAAAAAGUUCGUUCUUGAACCAUACAUCCAGCUGCUUUAUAACAUAGACACUGCCCAAUCUAUCUACAAGAAUACAGCCCAGGCAGUUUAACACGACAAUUCAUGACGAAGAACAA